AUCACAGCAGCGGCCAGCGGUGACUGCUGACUGCUGCUGCGGCUGAGUCAAAAAUUUGCCUGAAUGAGAAAGGAUGACAGAAUUUUUUCAGGUACCGUAAAGUCGAGAAUUUUGCCUGAUUGCGAAAGAACAAAAAGAAACUCACCCUCGUCCAACACACCAUUUAUUUUAGAAUUUCGUGAUUUCUUCCGUCACAAUGAUUGGGGGCAUUAAAUGGAUGGCCUUAGUUGCCCUUGUCCACCUCUAUGUGUGUCCUUACACCAAAGUCGAAGAGAGUUUUAACCUGCAGGCAAUGCACGACAUUCUAUACCACAGGUUCAACUUGUCAGAAUAUGACCAUCAAGAGUUUCCUGGAGUUGUUCCAAGAACUUUCCUGGGACCUUUGUUUAUUUCAUUUCUCUCUAGUCCUGCACUUAUUCUGAUCAACCUGCUCGGCUUGGAAAAAUUCUUAAUGCAGUAUAUUGUAAGGAUUGUCCUCGCUUUGGUCACGCUAACUGCCUUUGGAAAGCUACUCGGCACCGUCAAAAAGGAGUUUGGCCCUGCGAUGGCUGCUUGGUUCACCAUGGUGUGUGCCUCGCAAUAUCAUUUUAUGUACUACCUCAGCAGACCUUUGCCAAACAUUAUGGCGUUACCAUUAGUGCUUCUGGCGUACCAUUAUUACCUCAGCAAGCAACCCAAAAGGUUUAUUCCGGUGUCUGCGGCUGCAGUAAUAAUUUUCAGGGCAGAGCUCGCUCUCCUUCUUGGCAUCUUAGCACUUAUUGACCUGUAUAUUAAAAGAAUCACUUUUGCCGAAUUGAUCAAAAAAGGAGCUGUGAGUGGGUUGAUAUGCCUUGCAUUAAGCGUUGUUGUCGACUCCAUCUUCUGGGGCAGGGUUUUGUGGCCUGAGGGUGAGGUGUUGUGGUUUAACACUAUACUCAACCGAAGCAAUGAAUAUGGGACUUCGCCGUUCUUUUGGUACUUUUACUCCGCAAUCCCAAGGGGCUUGGCGUCCUCCCUGCUGCUGCUGCCGAUUGGUCUGUGGCUUGAGCCGCGCUGCCGAGCCUUGGCCGUCCCCGCGCUUCUCUUUGUCUUCCUCUACUCAUUUCUACCCCACAAGGAGCUUCGCUUUAUCAUUUACGUUUUUCCAGCUUUGAACCUGGCAGUCGCCUCCGCCGCCCAGAGAAUUUGGAACAACAAAGACAAGUCUUGGUGGCAAAAUGUGCUGGCUGUUGGCUCAGUGUGCCAUAUCAUCCUAAACCUGCUCUUCAGUUUGUUCAUGCUGAGCAUCGCUAGGACCAACUAUCCUGGAGGAGCUGCCAUGGCCAGGAUUCACCAGCUGGAAGAUCACUCUACUAAUUUUACGCUUCACAUUGACAAUCUUGCUGCUCAAACCGGAGUGUCCAGGUUCACACAAUUGUCCACAGCCUGGAGGUAUGACAAAACAGAGAAUAUGGGCCGAGACGGUUUGAUGCAGUUUUCUCACUUGCUGGUGGAGGCGCGGAGCAAGUACUCGCUUAGUUUGCGUCCCUUCACGUACACGCACACCACCCUGGAUUUUGUUGAAGGAUUUUGGCACGUGUCCUUUAACUACAACCGCUUUCCGCCGAUGGAAAUCAAGACGCGGCCGCAGGUCUUCAUCUUGAAAAGGAACGAUGACUACAGUUCCGUACUGCAGCGAGAAAAGGAAGGGCUUGAAAAGCUUGAUCGACUGGUCAACAGCUCGGAGGAGCCUUCCGAGGAAAAGAUUGACGAUGUCAAAACUGAAGCUAUGCAGACUGAGAAGAAAAAACGUAAAAAGAGUAAGAAAGAUGCAGCUGAAAGCGAGGAAGAAAAGCUGAAGAAUGAGGAUGAGAUUGUCGUCGAGAAAUUGGAACUCUAAAAUUUUCAAAGAUGUUUUGUGUGAGUUGUUGAUAUGUAAUUUUGUCUGUGAUGUAGCCCACUAACUGUCAGCAGCAGAGUUCGCUAUGUUUUGCUCAACAUAGUUACCUGCCUUGUGUACCUUUCCACCACUGCCUUGAGAAACUGGUCCAUGAAAACCAAGUUUUUUAGUAAGCCAAGAGUCACACAGCUAUCCUUCUUGUCGCCAGUGUCAGCUCCGGUCAUAUAAUCAAGCCCAAAAUUUUUUUUUAUGGUUGCAAAUAAUUGUUUCAACAACGAAAAGAUUUUGUCUUUUGAUUGAUCUCAUUCAAAAAGAUUCUUUCACUUUUUCUGCCUGGCUGAAGUUGGUUUGCUUCUGGAGAACGUGGCUAGUUAUUUUUUGAAAUCACUCAUUUCAAAUUUUCGCUUUAAAAUAGCUUGACAAUGAUGCCUUUUAGCCAGAAGUAUUUGGCUUUACACAAAUAUUGGGAACUAAGAGUUUUUAACCGUGAAAUUCGUGCUGAAUGUCUUCCAAUUUUGUUGUCGUCAAGCAAGGUGAAUUAGGUUUGAUUGGCGUUAAUUGUUGGAUGGAUAUAAUAGAACAAAUAAAUAAUAAAGGUUUUUGUUGAUAUA